GAUGACAUUUAAAACCAUAUGCCCAAUAUACAUGUGUCCCUUUAAAUUUUCAAAAAAAUAAAAUAAAAUAAAUAAAUAAACAAAUAUUCAACACCAAACCUUUUCUUCUUCAAGUUUCAGAAAUGGAGCUGAUCAACAACAUUCAUCUUCCCAAUCCAUUACAAUGAAGCAAUCACAAAACUUUCCUCAUUUGAUAUGAUGGUAGGAAGCUUAGCAGUUCACCAGAAUUUAUACCUGAUAACACCUUCAAACAAUCCAAUUCAAUGGCCAGAACAGAGACCAAGAGAACAGCAACAAGCUUCAUGUAUCCCUUCUCUUAACCAGAUCAAAACCAUUGAAGAGUUCAAGCAGGUUCAUGCUCACUUCUUCAAGCUUGGACUCGAUCAAGUUCCUCGUCAUGCCAGUGAGCUCCUAUCAGUCUGCGCUUUGUCGCAAUGGGGUGACAUGGAUUACGCUCGCUUGAUUUUCGAUGAAAUUGAUCAACCCUGUGCAUAUGAUUUCAACACAAUGAUCAGAGGUCAUGUUAAGGAUUGUGACCCAGAUGCUGCGGUUCGAUACUAUAAAGAGAUGCUGGAGAGAGAUACACUGCCGAAUAAUUUCACUUACCCAUUUGUGCUCAAGGCCUGUGCUCAGAUAUUAGGCGAAAAAGAAGGAGCUCAAAUCCAUGGACAAGCAAUCAAGUUCGGGCUCGGAACUGAUAUCUAUAUCCAGAAUAGUCUUAUCAGCAUGUAUGGCAAGUGCGGAGAGAUGAAAUAUUCGAGCAAAGUCUUUGAUCUUGCAGGCACUAAUAAAACUAUUGCCUCUUGGAGUGCAUUGCUGGCAGCUCAUGCCAGAAAUGGCCAGUGGAAUGAGUGUCUGAAUUUAUUCAUGAAGAUGAACAAUGAAGGGUGGAGAGCUGAUGAAACGUCGAUGGUUAGUGCACUCACUUCAUGCUCACAUGCUGGCGCAUUUGAUCUUGGCAGAAGCAUCCAUUGCUCAUUGCUGAGAAACAUCAGUGAACCAGAUAUGACUUCGCAGACCGCCUUGAUUGACAUGUAUUGUAACUGUGGAAGAUUGGAGAAAGGGUUAGAUAUCUUUGAAAGAAUGAAAAUAAAGAAUGUGUGGACUUACAGCGUCAUGAUCUCAGGACUAGCAAUGCAUGGCGAUGGUGAGGGAGCUCUACAAAUAUACUCGAGAAUGCUCAAACAAGGCCUGGAGCCCAAUGAGGUAGUUUAUGUCAGUGUUUUGAAUGCUUGCAGUCGUGCAGGGCUGCUCAAAGAGGGCCUUCAGUGCUUUGAUCGGAUGAGAUUUGAGCAUCGAAUUAAACCAACACUUUUGCACUACAAUUGCAUGGUAGACCUCAUGGGGCGUGCCGGGAAGCUGGAGGAGGCACACAAGCUCAUCAAGGAGAUGCAGGUUGAGCCAGAUGAAGUGACAUGGCGAUGCUUGCUGAGUGCCUGCAAGGUUCACGGAAACUUUGAAUUGGCGGAAAUUGCACAUAGAAAGCUACUAGAGCUGAAUUCACAGAAUACUGGCGACUGCAUAAGUUUAUCAAACAUGUAUGCACAAGCUAAAAGAUGGGAAGAUGCAGCAAAACUCAGAAAAGAUAUAGCAAACAGAGGAUUGUCACAAGUUCCGGGAAUCAGUAGAGUGGAGGUGAAGGGGAAGAUGCAUACCUUUGUGUCACACGACUGGUCACAUCCGCAGAGCUACGAAGUGUAUGAGAUGUUGUAUCAGAUGGAGUGGCAGCUGAGGUUUGAAGGAUACUCACCAGAUGUGUCUCAGGUGCCGGCCAAUGUCGAUGACAAGGAGAAGCGACAAAUGCUCAGUGCCAAUAGUCACAAGCUAGCGCUUGCCUUCGCUCUCCUGAACACAGGCAAUGGUAGUAAAAUACUAAUAGUUAGUAAUAUUCAAAUAAGCAGAGAAUGCCAUGAAUACACUGCAUUGAUAUCACAAAUAUUCAAUAGAGAAAUCAGCGUAAAAGAUAGGCAACGAUUUCACCACUUCAAGCAAGGGCAAUGUUCAUGCAGAGGUUACUGGUGAACCGAACAAGUGAAGAAACACAUACCAUGAUCUCCACAGUCAAUCUCUGUAAAUAUUGAGUGCAAUAAUCAAUAUCUUCAAUCCAAAUUAGUCUAUCAAAUUUGAUUUC